AUGGCGAAGUCAAUCUCUCAGGUCGGGACAAGUGUUCUCACCGUUGGCAGAGAAGCGGAGCGCUUACACCAGAGUCGAGUGGAUGUGCUAGAGUGUUCCGAAGACCAAUUCCCUGAGUUGGCUGGUAGACGGCUGUUCAUGGUCAAGUAUAGUGAUAACGAUAUUACCAUUCAAGACGUCGAAAUCAUUCGUCAAGCGUUGGGGCGUAGUCUCAACUCGCAAGCCUGGUCUGUUGUGACAGACACCGAUGGAAACAACACCUUUUAUCCCAGACGAUUUGGGCCGGAUGAACUUCCUCCAAGUCGCGGUGAGGGACAUGAGGACGACCGUCCUCCACGAGACAGGCAGUCUUCGAGAGGUUCGUACGCAGACGAAUAUGACGGCCGAGACUGGGAAUGGGAUUUCCCUGAGCCUCAACCACACCGCAGCCGCCGACGAAACACAUACGCGAACGACGAUGAUCGUGGUGACGAGUAUGAGGACGAUCCGGCGCCUCCCCCACCCCGCGGUCGCCGAAGACACUCGUACGCGAACGAAUUUGAUCUCGGUGACGGUUAUGAGGACGAUCUAGAGCCUUCUUCACAUGGCAGCCGCAGAAGACAUUCGUAUAUGAGCGGUUAUGAUCGCGGUAACAGGUAUUGGGGCUCUCCGGAGCCUCCUCGAUACGGUGACCCCUCGAGAGGCACAUACGCAAGAGACUAUGAUCAUGGAUCUUCCUAUGCAAGCAGCAGUAACGGAAGGGUCAGGGACUGGGGUGAUUUUGAGCCGGCCAGAACGUAUUCUUACGCAUUCAACCGGCAAGGUAGCGACAGCUACAGGGACGCUCCUGUACCCCCGUGGGUUACCAAUCAUCCCUCGUGGGCCAACCACCCCUCGCAACGCAGGCGAUUGGGCGCUAGACCAGGCUCGAGCACGAUUUGUGGCCUGGUUCGCUCCUUCCUCAAUUACACAAUGACCUGA